GACUUGACAUUUAAUGGCAGAUGGCAGAAGGUGCUUCGCAAUCUUGCAUUUGCAUCACAUUUGCAUUAAAUGUAAUGGUGGUUAGUUGUGUGUAUAGAUACGGUGGUGGUACAGUUCUUUUAUGAUCGUUCCACAAGCAAAAGGUUGAAUUUGGUUCCAGGUUUUUUGUAAUUAACAUGGCGGAUAGUGCCCUGGCCGAUGGAAAUGUGCAUCAAAGAUAUUGCUUGCAAUUCUACAACAAUAGAUCUUGUCCAUAUGCCGGCAACUGUCCAUACAAUCACAAACUGCGUUAUGAAGUGGAACCAGUCGCAUUUCUGAAGGGCGCCGAUUUUUUCUUGGGGGAGCUGCCUAUCCCAGCAAACCAAAGACCCUGCCAUUUUCACAAAAUUGGUCAAUGUUUAUACCAAGAUAAAUGCAGGUUUUUGCAUGAUAAUGAUGGCAGUUUAAGAGGCUACCACAGUGUUGAAGGAACAGGCCCAAUUUGCGCUGUUCUUAAAUCUCAGCCCCAGGAAAGUGUUGCAUUCAGCAUUGUCAAUCUGCCAUCUACAUCAUCACAAUCAAAUUUGGAUGCCACAUGCCUAACUGUUGAGAAAGAGUGUGCAUCAUCUGAGGCAUGCAGUGUGACUUCAGAGAAUAAUGAAUUACGAGGGGAGCAGGGAAGCGAACAGAACCUGGAAGGUGAAGCGGGCGCUUGUGCGUCUCCCCCCUUGGUCAUAGUCAACAACAAAAAUUGGGUUGACGCCCCAGAAUUUGUGCCACGAAGCAAACCGAAGAGUUACGCCCAGGUAGUGAGUCCAGAGAGUUUGGCAGAUAAAGGGGACCACCGACGGCUCUGUCCUUACACUACAAAAGAUGGAAUAUGUGUUAACGUGGCAACAUGCACCAAUGUGCAUGGAGAUUUCUGUGAUAUGUGUGAGAGAUUUACUUUACAUCCUUACAACGAAGAGGAGAGGAAGCGCCAUAAACAGGAAUGUAUAAAGCAGCACGAGAAAAAUAUGGAGUUGUCAUUUGCUAUUCAGCGAUCAAAGGAAAAAUCCUGUGGCGUUUGCUUUGAGAUCAUCAUGGAAAAGGCAACGGGAGAACAACGGUUCGGAAUUUUACCCAACUGCAAUCACUGCUUUUGCUUGACUUGUAUUCGAAAGUGGCGCCAAGCAAGGCAAUUUGAAAAUAAAAUAAUUCGAGCUUGUCCGGAGUGCAGAGUCACCUCAGAUUUCGUCUGUCCUAGCAUGUAUUGGGUGGAUACCAAAGAAGACAAGGAAAAGUUAAUUGAAGACUACAAAAAGGCGCUCUCCCGCAAGGACUGCAAAUACUUCAAGCGCGGGGAAGGAAAGUGUCCAUUUGGAAAUAAAUGCUUCUACAUGCAUGCCGCUCCAGAUGGAAGCAAAAUCGAUGUCGGACCUCCGCCGCGGCAGCGGCGACAAAGACAUGCUGAUACGGAUUUGGAUGUACUUCAAGUUAUGCUAUGGGAUUUUCUGGACGAGAGAGAAUUUCCAUGGCAUUCAUUAGCAGAUGAUCUAGAAGACUUAGUCUCGUUUUUUACGGAUUCGGAUGAGUCCGAUUGGUCAGAUUAUGAAUUGUUCGUCGAUUAGUCUUUGCAGAUAAUGUUUCAUGUUUAUCCAAUUCACUUUGACAACUUCAUUCGUAUAUACUUCUACGUUUUUCGCUACGAUGGACAUGAAACAGAUUCUUCAAUGAUGUUUUUCUGAAACAAAUGUGGUAGCUUCUGUUUGGUGGAUAUUACAUUUAUACUGAGUAAUGAGACUGUUUUGCUUUGCAGUAGCCUUUGAAUAUUAUCCACCAUUGGGAAAGCUUGAAAUCAUGGGUGCCACAACAUUGUCAUUAUCUUAUUAUACUUAUUGUUGAUAUAUUAGUUCGGUUUUAUAUCAUCACACCUACAUGGUCUUAAGUUUGUUCCAUUCGAAUAUAAAUUAUUUUCAAUGUUUAUAAUAUAUUACUCAAAAUAUUGCAUAUGAAUAGUUUAAUGCGUUUUUAUACUUAUCGUUCAGGCGACUUACGUUAAUAUUUAUUAUAUGUAAGAAAGUUGUAGGACCCAGCGAUUCAAGUUAGUAAGUGUGAGUAAGAAUAAAUAUUGAUGUUGAAUAUGAAAUAACUAGUACUCUUUAUUUGUUGAAUCGUUUGUUUAUGUGCAGCUACCUAAUCUCAUCUUAUUUUCUGGCUCACUUGAUACUACACGAUUUUAUUGUACAGACUCAAUAGGCAAUAGAUAGAUAGACUUUUAACUGUUUAAACUCGAAGAAUACCAUAUGAGAUAUAAUUACAACUUUCCAAUCCAGGUCAGCAGUCAAUGAAGGCAGAUUUUUAAUAUAACUUCGAGACAUCAACACAAUAAUGAAAGGGUAAAACAAUAAUAUUCCAGUUUUUCUUUUAAGCAAGAAGUACCAAUAAAGUGUGCUAAUGCGGCCAUCAUUACCUUUUAACAAAAUAGUCUCAGAUCCUAGUUAAAAAGAAAACUAGAUGUUCGGAAUUGUUGUAUUUAUGUGAUAUCAAUGCAAAUACUUAAAGCAAAGCAGGUAAUGUAUGCCGUUUUUUCGUUAGUACCUACUUUAGUGUACAAGGUUUUUGGUAUUUUAAAAUUUAGUAAUUGUGAUCUCAAUUAAAUUUAAUAUUGCAACAUGUAAAUUGAAAAUUUCUUUUUUUAUAGUACCUACUGUUCUAAUGAACUAAGAGAGCUUUUAAUCAAUUGAGAACACACUCAACCUGUUACAGUUUAUAAUUAUAUUUACUCUUACUAAAUGUUUGUUGUGAAAUGUUGGCUGCAGUAUCUUAUGUUCUCAUAGUAUUCGAUUGGUUGAAUUAUGUUUGACACCUGUAGAACAUACAUUUGGUGUAAAAAAUAGCAUCAAUUUUAAAAUACUCUUCAUUAAUUGAUCGGAUUAGUCUGAGGGCAUAAGGAUAAAAGAAUUAUGCUAUAUAUGUAAUACGAUAGAAUGCAACUUAAGUUUAAAUGUAUUCUAACUUUUCAUUUUACUGAUGUUAUAUGAAGUGUUUUUAAAUGUAUUAAUUACAAGAUUUGAAAGUUUUAUUAAAAUGUUUAAUUUAUUAUCUCGCUUUAUAUCUUGUUUCGUUUUUCGAAAUUACACAUUGAGAUUGGUUGUCAAUGUAUUAGAUCUUCUGUUCAUCUAGUAAAAAUCAUAACAUCUGAGUGAAAUAAAGCCGCUUAGUUAAGUUUUGCAUAACAAUGGGUUAAGUAGUGAGAGUAUAUUGUUUACCACAAUGUUAGUUUAAUUCCAAUGUUUAAAGUUAACAUUCAGGAAGUGAAUUGCCACCACAAUGUAUGCGAUCCCUAAUGAAAUUUCUAUGCUUCCUUUCAUUCAUUGUAUGUAUUAUCUCAAAUUUGUUUAAAAUUGUUUAUAUUGAUCAAAAGUAUCUGUAUGUGAUGAUGGUAGUAAAGCAUAGAUAUGCUAAAUAAACCAGUUAAAAUUC